AUGUCAACGACAGCAACAACAACAACAACCGUAUGGGAAUUGCCUGAAUCUUAUCAAAUUGAUAAUGAUUUUUUUCGUCCACAAGAAAGAAAACAAUUACAAAAUGCUUAUAGAAAUUUUCUAAUGAAUACAAAAUAUUAUUCAUCGAAUUCUAAUGAUAACUCAGACGAUGAGGAGAAUGCUCAGAUGUUAUUACAAUCAAAAAUUCAAUUAUUUCAAUUAUUUAUUCGUACACAACCGGUUAAUAUUCGUAGUUUUAGUCAAUAUCACCAACAAUAUGAACGUGUUUUUGUAGAACGAUUAUUUUAUUUAAUUUUAAAUAAUGUUGAAUUAACACAUUUUUCAACAUUUAAUAUUCAUUCAAUAAUAAGUAUAAGUAAAGAAUUAGAAAAAUAUCAACGUUCAACAAAUAAAAUUAUUUUAAAUACUGGUAAACUUAAUACAAUUGUACAAUUUGUUUUAUCAUUUUCAUCAUCAACAGUAGCAAUAUUUCAAAUAAAUAAUCUUUUCUAUUUACUAUUAAAUGAUAUGAAUGAUUUUUCCGGUAAAAUUAUUGAUCGAGUUGCUGAAUUAUUACGUACAUAUCAUUCGAUGACAUAUGGACAUGCUAUUACUAAACAAUCAUUAAUUUCAACAAUUGAUCAUGCUAUCAGUACUCUCAAUUAUGCUAAUCCUACUACUUAUCCAUUAUAUGAAAAUUUCUUUAAUACGUCACAUGUUUAUAAAGGUCCAUUUAUCAUUGCAUCAUUAUCAAAUCCAUCGAAAAUAACAUCACGUAUAUCUCUAUAUACAAUUAUUCAAAAUUUAGCUAUUGUACUAUUGGGUCUUACAAUUGAUGAUUUUGAAUAUGAAGAUCAAUUUCUUUCUAUAACAUCUGAACAAUGUUAUCAUAUACGUUUAACAAUACGUCGUUUAACAUAUAUAUUUAAAAAAUAUAAUUAUCAAAUUGAUUAUCCAUUAGAUCAUAUUGAUAAACAAAUUGUAAUAUUUUUAAUAAAAUCUAUAAUUGUACAUGAACGAACAUAUAAUACAUUACGACGUUUACUUGAUUUAUAUAUGAUAUCAGUACAUGGAUUUUCUCAGACAAAAAUCAAACGCCUUUUAUAUGAUUUAUUAGCAAAUUCUUCAUUUGAAUUGUAUUCAAUUGAAACAAUUCGAUAUUUUAUUGAAUUAAAUCGUCUUAAUGAAGAUAAUGAUAAUGAUAAUGAAUCAGACACAAUAUCAGUCCUUACUCAUGAAGAUGAUUUAUGGCUUAAUGAUGAACAAAUACGACUUGUAACACAUAAAUUAUAUUCAAAUAAAAUUUAUUAUGAAAUAUUUAUACCAUUAAUUAAUGGUGAUUGUCAUGAAGAACAAACUAUUGAACAUAUAUUAAUCUAUUUAGAUAAUAUUCAUUUAGAACAAGAACAAAUUAUUGAUGUACAAGAUAUGAAAAACAAAUUGACUAUAGUACCAUAG